CUAACAGCAGCAGCAGAAAUCCACUUCCACACAACCAUGUCUGAGAGACUGCUCGUUCUUCGCGGCACCAUGCAUGCUCACACAGACGGUGUUACCGCCAUUGUCACUCCGAUGGACAACUCCGACAUGAUCCUCACUUCUUCCCGUGACAAAUCAAUCAUCGUCUGGAAUCUAAACAAGGAGGACGAGACCUAUGGUGUUCCCCGCCAUUCUCUUGUCGGUCACUCUCACUUUGUUCAGGAUGUUGCUCUCUCAUCCGACCGCCAGUUCGCUGUCUCCUGUUCACGGGACCGCGAGCUCCGUCUUUGGGACCUCAACACCGGAGCCUCCUUACACCAAUUUGUCGGUCACACCAAGGAUAUUCUCUCUGUUGCUCUCUCAAAGGACAACUGUCUGAUAGCGUCUGGUUCUCGUGACGGCACGAUUAGGGUUUGGAACACUCUCGGUGAGUGCGAAUACACCAUUAACGAUGCUCAUGCUGAUUGGAUUACCUGUGUUCGAUUGAGCCCCAGAGAUGUACAACCAUUCAUAGUUUCAACUUCAUGGGAUAGAACUGUGAAGGUUUGGCGUCUGAGCGAUGGCAAGCUGAUAAACACUCUUGUUGGACAUUCUAGAUAUGUAAACACUCUUGCUGUUUCACCUGACUGUUCUCUCUUGGCUAGUGGUGGCAAAGAUGGAGUUAUCAUUAUCUGGGAUAUUGUGUCCAAGGGAAAGAGACUUUUCUCUCUUAACACCGGUUCUAUUAUUCAUGCUUUAUGUUUCUGUCCUAAUAGGUACUGGGUUUGUGCUGCAACUGAGUCAAGCAUCAUGAUCUGGGAUUUGGAGAGCCAGACAAUUGUUGAGGAUUUGAAGAUUGACCUCAAGAAUGAAGCUGAUAAUACUACCACCGCCGGCGGUAGCUCUACCGACAAGGUUAUCUACUGUACAAGUUUGAACUGGAGUGCUGAUGGAACCACCCUGUUCAGUGGAUACACUGAUGGUGUUGUUAGAAAAUGGGGCUUUCACAGUUGUUAGGGAAAUUUAAAGCAAUGUUUUGUGCAUCUUAUUUAUUUUUGUGACUGUUUUGAGAGUGAAUUUGUAAAAUUAAUAAGAGAGUGAAAUAUUUACUAGUAGAAUU